GACAACUAAAUGCUGUAGUCAGAGAGAACAGAGCGAGUGCGAAAGGCGAAGGUAUUUAUAAGUGAAGUAGGUUGUGCACCAGAGAAGACAAUCGAUUUAUGUACUUCUGAUUUAUACCUGUGUAAUAUAAUAUCUGGAAAGAAAUCUAAAGAAUUUGUUAUUGUUUCAUCAAUUUUCCAAGAAUCAUGUCAACUGAGGAACGCGCAGUUGCCGAGGACGGCGUCGAGCAUAAGAUGCCUGCGCAAUCCUCGUCGUCGUCAUCGUCCGAGGUGGAUUGUCUUACAGUUUUUACGCAAAUUAUCAUGGUCAUAGAAUAUCACACGUGCGCGCUCUUCGAGAAGGCUUAGUCACAGCUGCUCGUAAGAAGAGAUUUAUUUAUCUCAUUGUUAAGGCCAUAUAAAUCUCUUACAUAGGCUUUGGUAGCUGUUCGUGUUCGGCCAAUGUAGACGAUUUUAUUGAGCAUCUACUCUCUGCUCUGUCCAAUGUGCCCUCUUUUCGGAUUGGGGCUCUUUCUUCCAGCAUAUGCAUAUUGGAAAUCUUCUCCAGACACAACGCCUUUAUUCUAUCAGCUAGUCAGGCGACUUGAUCUCCAUUUGCCUCGUCUAACAGUUGCGACAGCAGCCUCAACAACAAGCAUUGGCUGUACGGGGGAGCGAACAAAACAUCGCCACACGUAUUGCAGAAUGACCGGUAUGAAAGAAUUAGAAAUGAAUCUUAAUUCUUCACUCAAAUGGUAUGCUAGUGCAGUAUAGAAAGAUUCAAGCUUUGUCCUACAAGAAUUGAAUUCUUGUGAUCUAGGAGCACUUGUCGUUCCUCUUAUGUCUAAACUAAAAAUCUUCCAUAUUACCUCAACCUCAUACACGCGUUGCCGAACAAUAGAUUCAACACAACCAUGCUUCUAAUGUGUGCAUGUAGUUGUACUUCAUCGACGAGAACGCGAAAGAGGUGUCUUGGGCAGGUGGCACGCUAGGAGUACUAAGGUACAACACAGAUCCGACGAUACUCCAAGGCUUCCUCAGAUACGUGUACGCGGAGGGCGUUCGCAAUGUCAAAAUACCUAG